CCUUCGCCCCUCCGCUCCCCGCCGCGCGCCCCUUCGCUCCCCGCCACCCGCGCGCCGUCGCUCCCCGCCGCGCGCCCCGUCGCUCCCCGCCGCGCCCCGCCGGGUGAGUAGCUCCGCGAGGCGCGUCCCGGGCGGAGCGGGUGGCCCCCGCGCCGGGUGGCCCCAAGCGGGGCGGUGGGCGAGCCUGACGUUGCGGCCAAGGGGAAGCUCCCCUCCAGUUCACGAUUCUUGCCUGUGCACCCGUGAUUUGCGUCCCUCUCUGAGUCCAUGAAUUCCUCAGUCGUUGUUUUUCCGAGGAACUAGAUUUAUUCACCGGCCGGACGACUGGGCGCCGCUCCCCUGCCUCGAUUUGCCCAGCGAGGUCGAGCCAGGCGACCGACUGGCAAAGGGCCCGGAGUGAGCUAAGUGAACUUCCAUAUUUGAGAAUUAUGCUCAGAAAUGGAAACAGAGUAUAAACAUUUAACUUCAGAGACCUGCAGGAUGGACUUUUUCAAGGACCCUGAAAAAUCAGUUUACAUUGAGAAAUCAGAGAUUGGUACCCGUGGAAAUGGUCAUAGUUGGCAAAUUCCCAUUCAUUUUAAUGACUUCAGAAUUUUAAAUAAUAAUGAAAACCUGCUUUGUCAAAUCCUUAAGACGAAGUUUGAGUGUCAGUCUACUUUGGUUUCUCCAGCCCAUGAAGGUGGCAGCAGUAACUCUCUGCAAGUAUACAGGAAAUUGCUGGCUCCUGGACUAGAAUUAUCUGUCUGGAAGGGUGACCUUACCAGGCAUGCUGUUGAUGCCAUCGUGAAUGCAGCCAAUGAACACCUUUUGCAUGGUGGAGGCCUGGCUUGUGCCCUGGUGAAAGCUGGUGGCUAUGAAAUCCAAGCGGAAAGUAAUGCAUACAUUUCCAAAUAUGGUGAAUUGGCAGUUGGUGAGAUAGCUGUCACACAUCCAGGGAAGCUUCCUUGCAAAUACAUUAUCCAUGCUGUUGGGCCUCAAUGGCAGACGCUAAAGAAAGAGCAAUGUAUUAGUUUGCUGCAGAAAGCCAUUACAAAUAUUCUGAAUCAGGUCACAGUCUCUGCUGACAUAGACACAGUAGCAAUUCCAGCAUUAAGCUCUGGAAUUUUCAGAUUCCCUCUGAUUUUGUGUACUGAGAUUAUUGUGAAAACUAUCAGGACCUAUUUCCAAAAGAAGCAACUGGCUGGUAAUUUGAAAGAAAUUCACCUGGUAAGCAAUGAGGAUGCUACUGUUGAUGCCUUUAAAAGACAAUCAGAAUCCAUCCUAGGAAGUAACGAGCUGGGAUCCUGGGUUCCUAAAGAAGCAAUGACUCCUUUCAGCAAAAUGACUGUGAACAAUCUAACUCUCCAGGUUGUCCAGGGCUACAUUGAAUUGCAGGAGACAGAGGUAAUUGUGAAUUCUCUGUACAUGUCUUCUAAUCUUAAUGAUGGAACUGUGUCAAAAUCGAUUCUACAAAAAGCAGGAGAACAAGUGAAAAUGGAAUUAUCUCAUAGAAUGACUACUGAAGCUAAAAAUAAUGACUUUUUAUUGGUCACAGGAGGAUAUAAUUUGGCCUCUAAAUAUAUAUUCCAUGUGUUGUGGAAUCAAGAUUUUAACCCAAGCGAGAUAUUAUCAAUUGUAAUGGACAUGUGUUUGUCAGAAUGCUCUUCAAAAAACAUAACUUCCAUUUCCUUUCCUGCACUUGGAACUGGAAAAAUUAAUUUAUCAAAAUAUCACGUUGCAAAGGUCAUGUUUGAGAAAGUAUUAUUAUUUGCCCAUCAUUAUUUGAAAGAACACCUUAUUGUAAAUUUUGUGAUUUUUCCAUCAGACGAAAAGAUAUACGAGGUUUUCAUCCAAGAAAUGGCAAAGUACAAGUCUCUAUUGCAAAAUCACAAUAAAGUCACAGAAGUUUUAUCAGUCCCCCAGAGAACAGGAGCUGAGAGAAAAGGUGGACUCAGAGCUUCAUCUCCUGCCGUCAGUUUAAUGGGAUCCAACCUACAGAAGAUGAUUGAAGCUGAAGCAUGGAUCCAAAGAAUCCUCAACUUGCAGGAGCAGCACGUCAUUGAGAAUAACCUUAUCUUCUACCUUGGAAAAAAGGAACAUGACAUUUUGUCCAGGCUUCAGACCUCAAAAGUGUCUAUCUCAGAAAAUAUCAUUGUAGGAAAGGCAAAUUUGGAGGUUAAAGGAGCCCGGGAUGACCUCAUUAAGGUGGUUUUGCACAUUGAACUUAUGCUAUGUGAAGUUGGAGAGGAAAUGGCAAGAGAAAAGGAAAAUGGCAUUUGGAGCUUGACAAGACCUUGGACUAAUCAGCAACCAAAAGACCAGGAUGAAAUGAAAGAAAAUACAUUUCUGAAAUGCCUUCGACUUGAAACUUCAGAAAUUCAAGAUCAAAAGAAACAAUUUGAAAAGUGUGGUUUACAAGUAGUAAAGGUGGAGAGGAUAGACAAUAUGAAUCUCAGAGCAGCCUUCCAAAUCACUAAGAUGAUGAUGGAAAAGAAAACAAAGGGGAUCACCAACAGCCACAGGCUGUUUCAGCAAGUUCCAUACCAGUUCUGCAAUGCGAUAUGCCGAGCUGGCUUUCAAAGAAUGUACUCCAUGCCCUGCGAUCCAAAACUUGGAGCUGGUAUAUACUUUACCAAGAACCUCAGACAUCUAGCACACAAGGACAAGAAAACAUCUGUCACAGAUAAGUUCAUCUAUGUGUUUGAAGCUGAAGUACUCACUGGCAAUUCCUGCCAGGGUCGUCCAGAACAUGUUGUUCCUCCACCACUCAGUCCUGGAGCCAUUGAAAGCCAUGAUAGUUUGGUUGAUUAUAUGCCCAACCCUGAAACUUUUGUUAUUUUUAACUGCAUGCAGGCUAUGCCCCUGUAUUUGUGGACUUGCACCCAGAAUCAUGAACAACCACAGGGCGUAUUGUUCUCUCAGCAACAGCAACGGAAUGAAUUUGCAGCUGGUAGCCAUGUUUAUCAGAAACAACAAAAGAGCUUUUCUCCACCACACACUUGGGGGACAUUUCCAAGUGGAAGCUCUGUUGAUUAACUUCUAUAUGAUUUUAACAACUAGCAUGGCCUUAUUUUGGAGCCACUAAAUCAUAGUCAUCAUUGAUUCAAAUAGUUUGAUUUUCAGAUAGGUUGUCUUAUACACUGAUUGGGUUUUUGAAGUACUAUUGACUAACCAUGUACUAGCGUCUUAGUGUUUUUAUCUCUUGGAGUUAAUUGGUACCAACUAAAACAUUCAGGUCCAUUCUUUAUCCUUCAAGUUUCUCUUUCAUUCCCUUUUCCAUAUAGAUAACAAAAUUAUAUGCAACAGAUUUUUUCUAGUAUAUAAUCUAAGAUUUUUACUUUCUGAUAAAUAGAAUUAUUUGAGAUUUCCCAAAGAAUCUUGUUCUGUGGUCUUAUGUUGUAGUCUAAAUAUAAAAAUAAAUUAUCUUUGUAUACAGUGGAAAAUUAUGUGUGAAAUGAAAUUAUUUGAAGUAAAACGAAGACUGAUAUCCUAUUUGGAUUCAGUCAUCUCAUACAGUGCCAUUCAAGCAUCAGGAGGCCUAAUUAUUAAUUCUGCAAGUAUCUUUUGAUCACUAAAUAUGUUUCAGUUACUUUCUGAGUGCUGGGGCUAGGAUAAUAGGAAGGAAAAAAGUCUUAAUGAUUUAAGACUGUGUAAGAAGAAACACAACAAUGAAUAGUUAAUAAGUAUGAACAGAUAGACUAAUUAUUUGAAAACUGUAAAUGAAAGAGAGAUAAAUUAAACCCAUAAGGGAGUUGAGUGGGAGGCCUUCUAAGGAAAGUGAAACUCUGGUUGUGACCUGCAGUUUAAGUUAGGUGGUUGAAUAAGGGAUGCGGUGAAUAAGGAGCCGAAUCAGAAGAGAAUUUUAUGCAAAGAGAAUAGUAGUUUUUUUCCGGUGUGAAUUCACUGUGAUCACCCCCAAAUUUGACUUCAGAGUUCUAAAGUGUAGAGAACUAAUUUCACCAUGAAUUCCUUGCCUAGUUUAAAUUUAUAUUUCUUUAUGAUUCUUAACUUUAUUGACCUUUUUAUCCUCAAUCUCUUGCGAAGACAACUUUCUUCUCAUACUCUAACCAUCCUUCUUGAAAAAGGUAUGCUUAUUGUCUCACAUGGUAUUGCCAUUGGAUAUGAGUGAGAUAGCCCCUGCCAUGGAGCUCCUGUUUUAAAGGGCCCCACUUUGACCUUCAUACUGUGCCCUUCUCUACAGGUAAAGAGUCCCCAAAGUUCAAAAAUGCAUUUGAAGCCUUUGCAUCUCGCUUCUAAACCACCUUCUAAAUUAUAAAAAAUUCCAAAUUUUCAACAUUAAUAGCUCCAAGUCUACUUUGAGGGUCUAAUUUGACUUCUUUCUUGAUCUUUCCUCUAAAUAGUGCACAUUGCCAGAGUCCCCCAUCAAGAAUGACUGAGGUGGUGUACAUGUGCUGCCAGCCCAUGCACAUGGUACCCACAUGCACGUGUCACUCACAUUUCCCCUCUUGCAAUGUAUGCUUUUAUACCUUUAUACUUUUGUGUUGGGAUGUGUACUGGGGCUCUCUCUGCACUCUGGACUGUCCUACAUCCUCUCGUUUCCCUCUCUCUCUGUCUCUCUCUCCCUCCAUUCUUCCCUUCCUCCCUCCCUCCAUUCCUCUUUCCUUUUGGGCAUUAUGGUUUGCAAGAAAGGUACUGAAAGGUUAUCAUGUAUAUCCCUUUGCCUACUUUCAGUACUCAGUUCUUGUCCAGAGUAAUCAUUUCUAACUAUUGUCAUUGUCAUAGUGGUCCCUUCUCUCUCCUGUGUUUGGGAAUUUAGACACUGAAAGCCUAUGUGGUGUAUUAAGAGAUGUGCUGCUUUGUAAUGUGUUCCCUCUAACAGAUAGGGUAAAGAGAUUCUAAAGAGGCAAACUAUUCCAGAUUGGCAAUUAGCAGGUUUAAUAAACUGUCACUGUCCUCCUGUUGUUCAUCGAUUUGCUCAAGCAGGCCCAGUAACGUCUCCAUUUUGAGACUUGUUGUUACUGUGUUUGGCAUAUUGAAUAUGCCACAGGUAGCUUGCCAGACUUUGCC